CACAUGACAUCAGUGAUUAUACUCCACGCAUUUAUAUUGGACAACGGCUCUGUCCAUCAAAUACGAUAUGAGUGUUUUUCAGUAUGAGCUAAAAAAAUAGGUUCUGGAAAAAUGUCUACAGUGCCUGAUGGCAAGAAAUUGGUCCGAAGCCCAAGUGGACUUCGAAUGGUCCCGGAGAAUGGAGCGUUUAACAGCCCUUUUUCGUUAAAUGAACCCCAGUGGGUCCCGGACAAAGAGUGCCCAAGCUGUAUGCAGUGUGACAAAAAAUAUGACUUCCUUACAAGAAAGCACCACUGUCGGCGGUGUGGCCGGUGUUUCUGUGAUAAGUGCUGCAGUAAGAAGGUGGCUCUGCCCAGGAUGUGCUUCGUCGACCCAGUCCGGCAGUGUGGCGAGUGCAGCCUGGUCUCCCAGAAGGAAAUGGACUUCUAUGACAAACAGCUCAAAGUGCUUAUGGGAGGUGGUUCUUUUAUUGUCACUUUGGGCACCUCAAAGACGUCUGAGACCAUGAUGUGUCGUCUCUCCAACAACCACAGGUAUCUUUUCUUUGAUGGGGAGAGCCAUUUUGAGGUGGAACUGUCUCGGAUCUCCAGUAUGCAGGUGUUGACGGAGGAGUCCACUCCUGAAGGGGGAAACUCCAGGGCCAGUGGCAUGUUGCUCCAUUACAAACCCACUGGCUCUCAGGACCCCCAGCAGUUACGCAUGGAGGCAGCAGAUGACAAGAAGACUGCCUCCUCAUGGCUGGCUGCUAUGCACAAGGCUGCCAAACUGCUGUAUGAAGCUCGGGACCGGUGACUCAUUGCUAAGAUGCCCAGAGCCUGAGAGUGAUGGCACAGACCAAGUGUUUUCUUUCCUACCCUUCCGUCUCACAUUCUCUAAAUGCUGACAGUUCAAUGGAUUGUGACUGAAAUGCACUGGCCAACCACCCAUCUAAUGCUGCUAUUCUUAAUUCUAUCAAAUACAUAAGCCAUUUGGCAUAACCAUUUCCCUUCACGUAACGCUUUUAAGGUAAUUUGUUAUGUGAUCUGUGACAUAGUUCAAGUUAAGUUUCUUUGUACAUGCUGUCUAUACUCUACUUUCAGUGCUGGCAGAUUUGGAUCCUUAUCCCUUCCUUAGGGAUCCACAGAUUAUUCACUGAUUCUAGUGGUAUAUACACACACACACGUAUGUGGACACCCCUUCAAAUAAGUGGAUUCGGCUAUUACAUCCAAAUCCAUUGCUGACAGGUGUAUAAAAUCGAGCGCACAG